AUGGCCUGCAAAAGGAAGUGCACAAAGAGAUUGCAAUAUCAUCAUAUAUUGUCCGGUUCGGCUUCCAAAAAGAUUGAGUGCCAGCUAUACACUUUAUUGCUUGCACAAAGUCAUCGCGCUCUUUGGCUGAAAAAAACUGCGAUUAGUCCGACCGUAGUGAAGGAGGAUAGUAUUGCCAAUGACCAUUUUAUUCGCGAUGACGCAUGCCUACUUUGCUUAUCAGACGCCGACCUCGAGUUCUCCAGUACCGCAUAUUUUGGCUCGCUUGUAGAUUGCAGCCACCGCAUUGGGGCUGGCUACCGCACUUAUCUGCCAAACGGUAUUCAGGCGCGCCACCCAGGACGGAAAUAG